AUGGGCUUGUUUGGGUGUUUUGGAAUCCCGAACUCGGCCCAAAAAUUAGCCCUGGCCCAUGCGCAGGCCACGUUGGAGUUGUCGUUCGAAAAGCCGAGGUAAGUACGAUCAAAUUGAAUGUCUUGUGUCAAAAUGUUGGUCUUUAAAUUCUAUUUUGUUUAAAAUAUUGUGUUUUACGGUUUUUAAAUUAAAAUUUGAUUUUUUUAAACGUUUUUAUCAAAAUAUGAUUUUUUGAAAGCUUUCUUAUCAAUCUUUGAAACUUUAACAUCCAUUUUGCAACUUAAAAUGUUUUUUUAAAUUUUGGUGAAAAGUGGUACCAUUGCAGGUUUUUUUUGAUGUCUUGACCUCUAAGGACAUUUUAUUUUUUCCCUUUGAACCCCACAGGACACUUGUUGCAGAAAGGUUAAUCUCUUAAAUUGAUGGCAUUCUUGUUUUUGAUAUAUCUAUCGGGUCUACUGUACUUUGUUUUCUAUUAAUCAAAAUCUUAAGGGCAUAGUUUUAAAGGUUUAACUCAAAAAAAGGUUUUUAAUUUUUAAUAGUCAAAAAAUUAUUUUGUUACCUAAAUUUUUUUUGUAAUAUUACACGAUUAUAAUCCGUUUGCUCAUAAAUAUUUACAAAUUGUCACUGAUAUUAUACAAGCGAACCUGAUACUCGAUUAGACACAAAUAUUUGCCCAAAAUGCACAUAAACCGGUUGUGUUAUUUGAUUACCUUCCGCUCGUCACCGGGAUUUCAUGAUGGGGUCUUUAAUCAAACAAACGCUGUCCUAUUUCUGAUUUUAAUCUGAUUUCGGAUGAUAGGCAGUGACAAUCGAAUUAAAACCCAUUGUCAAGUCGCGAAAUUGAGUUAGGUGGCUUUUAUGGCACUAGCCGUGAAAUACUUCCUCGUAAAAGAUGAAAAAGUUUAUGAAAUUUUAUGUUUUUACUUAUUUUCGACUUAUUUUUGAUCGUCAUGUAGGCAAUAUAACAAUUUUUUAACCACAGUAUCAGUCAAUAUUCUAUUUUUGAACCAAAUGAUCUGAGGAGGAUGUUUCUUCCUUCGGUUUUAAGGUUUUUGCACGUCACAAGACGAAUGUAUCAAACUUGUCAUAGGGCUUUCAAAACAAUUUUAAUUUUUUUGUAUGAGUAACCAACUAAAAAUGAGGUGAUAAACUUGAUUUAUGGUAAAAAUAUGGUGACAAACCUUAAUUUAUGGCUAAAAACUGUGACUUUUGUUAACAGAGAUUGAUAACUAUCAGUCGAGCAAAAAAUGAGUAAAAUUGUUUUACUUUGCAGUAAAUCAAAUGAAAAGUGCAUGAGUCAUGUACUUCCUGAUUUAAGUUUUGUAAUGCAAAGGAUUUCAGUUAUACUAUUAUGGGAAUUGACUAGUCUACUAUAGAUAAUUGGGUUGUUCUGUUAGACUUUUUUGUUAUAGUAGUUGCUCAUUGCUUAUUACAAAACUUACAAAAAGGCUUUUCCAAAUCUAUUUGUAGCGUUCUAUGAACAACAGCCUUGAAUUUUUACUCUGUAACUUUAAUUACAAUUUGGUUGUCAAAAUUUAUUUUUAGUAACAGUAGUUGUAGGACGGUUAUUACUGUAAGAUUUUUUAGAUGAGCGUCAUUUCAACAAUUUUUUAAUUUUAAAAUGAAAAAAAACUCUUAAUGUACUACAAUAUUUUCUUCAACCUUUGGCCGUAACGUACUUUGUGUCCUACUGCCCACCUGAUCUCUUCACUGGCUAAAAUCUCAAGUAUCCAACCACUUUCAUCAAGAGCCCCUCAGGCACUUUGAAAGCCUUACCUUAAGAUAAACAUAGACAUUGAGAUAAGCGUGCUUUAUAAAAGGCAUACAUUAGAACAAAGAUACUAUUAUAGUAGUAUCUUAGUAUGUUGUAGUAGCUACAUGCUAUAAAUGAACUUUUUUUUAACGCUUCAAACCUAUGGAUAAACAAAUCAUAAGUUUGAAGGUAUGACCGUGCGUCACCGGAAAAAAUAACCUGGAUAAUGGCUGAAAAACAAAUUACUAGAAAAUAGAGAAACUCAACGGAUAAUUUGUCAUGAACAACAUGAAAAAAGUACUUUUUUUAACGUGAAAAACGAGUAGAAUAGAAUAGAGAAGAGAAGAUAAAGGCUGUUGAAGCAUAAUAACGAGGAAAAAAUAUUAAAAAUUUAUAAGUUGGAUUAAAAACCUAUUAGAAAUUUAAAAUUUGGAAAAAAACCAUUAAAAUCAUUGAAAGUCAAUUUAUAAACAACUUAUCUAAUCAUUAUUAACUUUAACAAAAUUUAAUUUCAGCACUGCUGACAUCGAUGAUGUGGAACUGCCCGAUCUCAAAACCGUCGCCACUCUUGGAAUCGGCGGGUUCGGCCGCGUUAACCUGGUCAAACACUUUGACACGGAAAAAGUGUACGCGUUGAAGAUCAUGAACAAAGCCCACGUGAAGGAGAUGAAUCAACAAGAUCAUGUCCUCAACGAACGGAAUAUCUUAAUAUCGUGUCGUUGCGACUUCAUCGUCAGACUCUACAAGACUUUCCGCGACGCGGAGCGACUGUACAUGCUGUUGGAGUACUGUCCUGGAGGCGAGGUAUGGACGAUGCUGAGGAAUUGGGGCAGAUUUGACGAACUCACCGCGCGGUUUUACUGUGCUGCAGCGUUAGAAGCCUUCGACUACCUACAUCGUCGUUGUAUCAUCUACCGUGAUCUCAAGCCCGAGAAUAUGCUUUUGGACAAGAACGGCGUACCCAAAUUGGCCGACUUUGGUUUCGCCAAACGACUAAAGUCUGAGAACGCGAAAACAUGGACGUUUUGUGGUACGGCCGAGUACGUGGCUCCAGAAAUCAUCCUAAAUAAGGGUCAAGAUACUGCCGUAGACAUCUGGAGUCUGGGUAUCUUUAUGUACGAGUUAAUAUCAGGAACUCCUCCAUUUGCAUCAACUGAUCCGAUGCACACCUACAACUCAAUAUUAAAGGGAGUAAAUGCCUUAGCGUGGCCGAGGUAUAUUACGGAUCAGGCCAAAAGCUUGAUUUGCAAAUUUUGUCGCAAAGACCCGGCUCAACGUCUCGGAUAUGGUAGAAUUGAGGACGCUAGGAAGGAUGUUUGGUUCCAAGGAUUCGACUUUGUUUCAUUCAGGAAUCACACGAUGCGGCCGCCAAUCAGGCCUAAGGUAAGGUUAUGGGUUUUUCAUUGGGAAUGAGGAUUACAUUUUUUUUUAAUUGUGAGGAUUUUAAAUUGAAAUAAGGAUUUUAAACUUUGUAUUCGAUUAAACACUAAUUUCGAUUAUUUUCAGAUCCGAAAUUCGACCGACACACAGAAUUUCGACCGUUAUCCAUCGACGGACAACUUUGCGACGGGUGAAGACGAAACCGGUUGGGACGCGGACUUUUAA